GGCGGGACAGCAGCCAGAGUGAGUAUUCAUGAGCUAACACUGCCAGUCUUGAAUCAGAUGCACUAGCAUGCACCACAAAGCUGUGCUCAAGAAGCCUACACCGGGUUUUUUUUGUGAUAAGUCUACCAAAGACAAGCAAAAAUGCUACUUUGGGAUAGCAACUCAGAGCCUCAUGGUCCGAGUCCUCUGUUGGAAGCAGGGACUGAAGUCAAUCUAGCUGCUGCUGCCUUUGUUCAGUCACCAGCUCAUCUGGCAGCUGGUGGAGGCCAUGCCUUCUUCCUGCUUUGGCAACUACAGACGGGAGCCAAUCUGAACCAACAGGAUUGGAAUGGAGAAGCUCCCAUCCAUAAGGCAGCUAAAGUUGGGAGUUUGGAGUGUCUCACUUUACUCGUUGCCAGUCAGGCCAACAUUGACUUGCGCAAUAAUAAUAGUCAAACAGCAGAAGACCUUGCCCUGGCUUUGGGGUUUUUGGAGUGUGCCCAGUUCCUCAUGAAAGUGAAACAAAUUCAGAACAAGAAAGCAGGAGCACAGUGUAAUUCCUUGUGUGACAAUGAUGAAUCCAUCCAUACCGAUGACUCCAAAAUGCAGAAAGGAGUAUGUGAAAGGAAUAGACUUGUCAACAGAAAGAGGAGAUCAGAUGAUUUGAACUCAAGAGUCAUGUGAAAAUGAAUAUGCGUGAGAAAUACAAAGCUCUGCAAAGAAAAACAUGAAUAUAAAAGCUCAACGCAAAGUAUUUUGAACAAUGCCUUCCAAGAAGGCGUGUUCUUCUUGAAGAUCUUUUCAUAUAAUUCCUGCAUGUGCACAAUAAUAUACAGUAAUAUUUUUCUACCACUGAUUCAUGUAUCGAUUUUAUGACUAGUAUACUGAUGUUCUUUAGUCAUGUGAACACACACAUAAAGCAGUAGACAGUAUACUGACAAUCAACAAAUUGUUCAGAUUAAACAUGUAUUAUGUUGAUAAAAUUGUGUUC